GCGGGGGCGGCUGCGGACACUGCGGCGCUGGCCCCGCGGCCGCCCCUCCGCUCCCUCCCGCCCCGGCAGCUCCCGACUACAUUUCCCAGCACUUCCCUGUGCCGAGCGGGCUCUGCGGGGAGCCUCUCGCCAUCAUCUCCUCUCCCUCGCAGAGAGAGGGGGGCUCGGCGGGGCGGAGCUGGGCAUCCGCGGCCCCGCAGCCCCCUUUCGCCGGCUGCGGGAGGGCGGUGAGGGGGGCACCGCCAUGCGGGCUGCCGCCUGCCUGCUCUGCCUGGCGCUCUGCGCCCUGCCCGCUGCCCCAGGCGCCGGCCCGGCGGCAGCGCCCUUGGGGCGGCGGGGAGAGAACCGCUUCGCCGAGCGGGAGAGCAUCAGGCCGCUGCGGCUGGUCUCCGGCGAGGGCGGCGGCGGGGCGCGGAGGCCGGCGCUGAGUACGCGGGUGCGGAGCGGCGCGGCGCGGACACAGUCCACCCACAUCGCUCGAGCCAGCUUCCAGGUGGAUGCUUUUGGAUCAUCCUUCAUCCUAGACGUGACACUGAACCAUGACCUGCUGUCCUCUGAGUACCUUGAGAGGCACAUCGAGCAAGGUGGGAAGACAGUGGAAGUUAAAGGAGGAGAACAUUGCUAUUAUCAGGGGGAGAUCCGAGGCAACCCUGCCUCCUUCGUGGCCUUGUCAACGUGCCAUGGACUACAUGGGAUGUUCUUUGAUGGAAACCACACCUACCUGAUUGAGCCUGAUGAGAACUACACGUCAGAUGAUGACUCCCAUUUCCACUCUGUCUACAAGUCCAAGCUGUUUGAGAUGCCCUCAGAUGAUUUGCCAUCUGAGUUCUGGCACAUGAACACCACGGCACAGGAGUUUGUAGCAAAGCCAAGGCACAAAAGAAGGAAAAGGCAGGUCCGCCAGAUCCCACGGAAGGUUGAAGAGGAGACCAAAUACAUUGAGUUAAUGAUUGUGAACGACCACCUGAUGUGCAAGAAGCACCGCCUGUCAGUUGGCCACACCAACAGCUAUGCCAAGUCGGUGGUGAACAUGGCAGACCUGAUAUAUAAAGAGCAGCUUAACACCAGGAUAGUCUUGGUUGCCAUGGAAACCUGGGCUACUGAUAACAAGUUCACCAUAUCUGAAAACCCCUUGGUGACCCUGCGGGAGUUCAUGAAGUACAGGAGGGAUUUCAUCAGGGAGAAGAGCGACGCCGUGCACCUCUUCUCGGGAAGCCGAUUCCAGAGCAGUCGGAGCGGGGUAGCCCACACUGGUGGCAUCUGCUCCUUGCUGAAGGGAGGAGGAGUCAACGAGUUUGGAAAACCAGACCUGAUGGCAGUCACCCUGGCACAGACCCUGGCUCAAAACAUUGGCAUCUUCUCAGACAGAAGAAAACUUCUAAGUGGUGAGUGUAAGUGUGAGGACACCUGGUCUGGAUGCAUCAUGGGAGACACUGGGUAUUAUCUGCCAAGCAAGUUCUCCAAGUGUGACAUUGAGGAGUACCAUGAGUUUUUAAACAAUGGAGGGGGAGCCUGCCUCUUCAAUAAACCAACCAAGCUUCUGGAUCCCCCAGAGUGUGGCAAUGGCUAUGUGGAAGAUGGAGAGGAGUGUGACUGUGGCACCAUAGCAGAGUGUGCCAUGGAAGGCGGAGAAUGCUGCAGCUCCUGCACGCUGACGGCGGGCUCCCAGUGCAGCAAUGGGCUCUGCUGCCGCAAGUGCCGGUUUGAACCCAAGGGAGUUUUGUGCCGAGAAGCAGUCAAUGACUGUGACAUUGCAGAGAACUGCACCGGGAAUUCCAGUCAGUGUUCUCCCAACAUUCAUAAGAUGGAUGGAUAUUCAUGUGAUGACCAGCAGGGUAUUUGUUUUGGGGGAAGAUGUAAAACCAGGGACCGGCAGUGUAAAUACAUCUGGGGUGACAAGGUGACAGCUGCUGACAGGUACUGCUAUGAGAAGCUGAACAUUGAAGGGACUGAGAAAGGGAACUGUGGAAGAGACAAGGACUCCUGGAUACAGUGCAAUAAACAGGAUGUGCUUUGUGGGUACCUCCUGUGCUCCAACAUCUCCAGUGUGCCUCGACUUGGAGAGCUCGAUGGUGAAAUCACGUCGUCAGUCCUGCAGUAUGGAAAAGUCUACAACUGCAGCGGUGGCCAUGUGAAGCUGGAUGAGGACAUGGACCUGGGCUACGUGGAGAACGGGACGCCGUGCGGGCCCAGCAUGCUGUGCCUGGACCAUCGCUGCCUCCCCGCAGAGGCCUUCAACUUCAGCACCUGCCCAGGCACCGCGGACGGACACAUCUGCUCGGGGCAUGGGGUGUGCAGCAAUGAACUCAAGUGUGUGUGCGACCGCUUCUGGGGAGGAGAGGACUGCAGCGUGCGCCUCAAGGACCACCUCUUCUUUGAGAAAGAUGCCAUCAGGAAAGGUGUGGUCAGCACAAACAUCAUCAUAGGGGCUAUUGCUGGCACCAUUCUAGUGCUGGCUCUCGUUCUAGGAAUCACUGGUUGGGGUUACAAAAACUACAGAAGACAGAGACAAAUGCCUCAGGGUGACUAUGUGAAGAAGCCUGGUGAGGCCGACUCGUUCUACAGCGACAUGCCCCCUGGGGUCAGCACCAACUCCGCGUCCAGCUCGAAGAAGAGGUCUGCUUUUCUGUCGCAUUUUCAGCUCUCCACCUGUUCCAUCACACAUUAUUCCAUUAGUCAGAACAUUUCAUUGUUUUGCAGCAGGUCCAAUGGAUUAUCCCAUUCCUGGAGUGAAAGGAUCCCAGACACAAAACAUAUUUCAGAUAUUUGUGAAAAUGGGAGGCCCAGGAGUAAUUCUUGGCAAGGUAAUAUAGGAGGAAACAGAAAGAAAGUCAGAGGCAAAAGAUUUAGGCCACGGUCUAAUUCAACUGACAGGGUCACCCACGCAUCUGAGCCUGGGCUUGCCCUCGCCCACCAACCCCUGGCCCAAGCCAUAAGCCCAGGGGGUUGUGCCCACCCCCAGGCAGGGAGUCGGGAUCACAGGUAUUUAAACCCAUGGUUCAAAAGAGAAUAUAAUGUAGCUAAGUGGGUAGAAGAUGUGAAUAAAAACACUGAAGGACCCUACUUUAGGACCCUUUCUCCUGCCAAGUCUCCAUCUUCAUCCACGGGCUCCAUCGCUUCUAGCAGGAAGUAUCCUUACCCCAUGCCACCGCUGCCCGAUGAGGAGAAGAAAGCCAACAGACAAAGUGCCAGGCUAUGGGAGACAUCCAUUUAGCUGCACUGUGCUCCUGGGGUGACAUCAGGACUGUUCCUUGGGACUCAGUGGGACCUCGGAGCUGCUGAGUCGCUGCACAUCCAUCUGCUCUUCAGACAGUUCAACAGACCAGCAGACAUGCCUGUGAUCACUGGGAGAGCCUCUUCUUGCCUGGAGGAAGACAAACCAUGGGCCCUGGGCUUGUUUUUUAUCUUAGCUGAUGAGUUUGUGGAGUUGAUGCAGACCCAGACUCCUAACCCCAGCAGGGGAUCAGGAGCCAGGCUGAGCCGAGGCCGUGCCGCAUGAUGUCCUCACCCAGAGCCCCAGCUGCAGCCCAUCUGCCAGGCCCCUCCAGCAGGGCUGGUUUGCUGCAGAACUGAGUUGGACCAGAGUGGACCCUGUGGGGAGGCAGCUCUGGAGAGCCCAGCUGUAAACUCGUUCGCUGUGCAUGAACCUUCUCUUCUUCGCUUUCCACCUCCAAGGGGUACCCGCCCAAGCCGUAGUAGAAACAAGCAUGCAGGAGUAAGAAACGUAGGAGUUCUUCUGGGGCAGGCUUCCAAGCUCUGAGAGGCAACACAAAAGCCCCAAAACCAAGGGUUUGCUCUCUUUUGUUUUUUACCUGACGUGUUUCUAACCUCAGUAAGCAGCCUGGAGAUGUCCAAACGUGGGGUCCUGGCAAACCCAGCCCUGCUGCAGCAGUGGACUUUGCCAGAUGCCUACAGAAAUUGUUGUGACUGAUGUCAUCACACUCCAGGUGUUCCGGUAUCACGAGCAGACCUCUUUGGAGAUACAGCAGGUGCAGCACUGUAAAGUUGUGUCCCUCAGAAAGUGGUGCCUGACCCAAGUUUUUCCUUUCUUCUCAGUAACUUACAGCCUUGACUGACAUCAGCACGCUCCAGAUGUUCUCAUAUCAUGAGCAGACCUCUUUGGAGAUACAGAAGGUGCAGCACUGUAAAGUUGUGUCCCUCAGAAAGUGGUGCCUGACCCAAGUUUUUCCUUUCUUCUCAGUAACUUACAGCCUUGACUGACAUCAGCACGCUCCAGAUGUUCUCAUAUCAUGAGCAGACCUCUUUGGAGAUACAGAAGGUGCAGCACUGUAAAGUUGUGUCCCUCAGAAAGUGGUGUCUGACCCAAAUUUUCCCUCCCUUCCCAGUGUCCUACAGUCAUGACCGAUGUCAUCACACUCCAGAUGUUCUGCUGUCGUGGGCAGGUGUCUUUGGAAAUACAGAAGGUGCAGCACUGUAAAGCUGUGUCCCUCAGAAAGUGGUGUCUGACCCAAACCUUUCCUUCCUUCCCAGCAUCUCAGUCUUGGCAAUCUCAGUUGGCUUCUAGGACCAUAGGAAGCAGGAGAGCAGCACAUUGUCUCAAAUCAUCAUCAGAGGGAGCAGCCAGAUUGUGUUUCUCAGUGAGGUGCCCACUGUGACCUCUCAGAGUUGCCACCAAGAGUGAUCCAGCAGUCUUUAAACAAGGUACACCCUGGGAAUGCUUCCGAGUCAUCAGUCCAGCAGGUGGUGGUGGUGUGAAUUCCUCCUGGUGAGAGCUGCUAGGUUUUGAUGGAGCAUUUCAGAUGGCAAGGAGGAGCUGAGUAGAAGUGUAACCACUUCACUGUGCUAGGUGACACCAGUGCUGGGCAGGUGGCCAGCUUCAUUGCUGUCUUUUCAUGGCACCACCUUCACCAUGCUCUAGAAUGAUGUGCUUGUGUUACGAAUGGGUGCACUGCCACAGCCUGAAGCCCCUGGAGCCUCUUCAGCUCUUUUGGGGAAGCAAUUCUUGCCCAUGAGGGUGGGGAGACACUGGAACAGGUUGCCCAGGGAGGUUGUGGAGGCGCCAAGCCUAGAGGUGUGCAAGGCCUUGAGCAAGCUGGGCUGGUGGGAGGUGUCCUUGCCUAUGGCAGGGAUUGGAGCUGGAUGAUCUUUAAGGUCCCUACCAACCAAAUCUAUUCUAUGUCUAAACUGAGCACAAGAUUUUUAGCUUAAAACCACCAGGGUAGGGGGCAACAAACCUUUUGCCAUGGAGAUAGUAACACCUGGAAGUGUUCAAAGCAGGGUUGGAUGAGGCCUCGAGCAAGCUGGGCUGGUGGCAGGGGGAUGGAACUGGAUGCUCUUGAAGGUCCCUUCCAACCAACCCACUCUAUGACUAUGACUGAGAUGCCAACUCUUGGUGUCUCACUGGCUGGUUGACUGUCUCCCACCUGAGCCUUCUGAAGGUUGGUGUAACACAAGUGCUUUUGGCUGGGCCAUUUUUGGUCAGUGAGAACCUGGACCAUAUUAAAGCAGUUUAUAACCCUACAGCUUUCCAACUUGGACUCAUUCUUAGCUUCAAGGUGGCACCACUGUAGAAUAAACCACCUGAUAGGGGGUGGUGCAGCUGGACACCUUGCCCAACAGCACUGUCAUCAAGUAGAUGUCAUGGUGCCAGGAGCACCUACCAUGGAUCUGGACCCUCUACCUCUUUUAUGUCAUUUCCUUUCCUAAGUGACCCUUUCUGAUGAGGUUGUAUGUUGGAACAUGACAAAAUGUUUGCCUUCAGGUGGUUUUCCUUCACAGCCAACAGUUCUGGUAAAUCUUCUGAAGCAAGUCAAACCUGAUUGAGGGCAGGUAGGUGUCCACAGAGCUUCUGGAGCAGGCCACUCACUUGGAAUGGCUUUGAGCACUCCUGCUGUACUGACAGCUGAGGGGUGACCUGCUGGAGUGCAGCUCCAUGGAGAAGGAUCUGGGAGUGCUGGGGGAUAAGAAGUUCCCCAGGAGCCAGCAAUGUGCCUUCAUGGCCAAGAAGGCCAGAGGUGUGCUGGGGUGCAUGAAGAAGAGUGUGGCCAGCAGGGCAAGGGAGGUUCUGCUCUCCCUCUGCUAUCCCCUGGUGAAUCCACAUCUGGAGUGUUGUGUCUAGUUCUGGGCUCUCCAGUUCAAGGACAGGGAACUGCUAGAGAGAGUGCCACAGAGGCUAUGAAGAUGCUGAGGGGCCUGGAGCAUCUCUGUGAGGAGCA